AUGGAUUCCAAUACUUCAGAUCGCCUCAAGAGGCUUCAAAUGGAAGACCUCGGAACCGCACGACGGGAGUACAUCUCAACUGCAGAUGACAGGCGACAUAAGAAGGCUAGGUUGGAAGACAUAGAGGCAAUACGGAUGACAAACAUUCCUGGUUCAGCUGCUCAACGCAUGGCCACCGCAAACCAGGGGAGACUUGAGGAUUGGGCAAAUGUCCACAAGACAAUAGGUGAUACCGAAGAUCUGGAAAACCUCGACAGCCUCCUGGAUGGACAAAGCCAUCGACUUCAGCUGAGCGCCAUGAUUCGGGGAAGUGGAGGGCAAAAUUACAUAGGAGAUCAAAGGCGCUCUGGUUCUGCUCCAGCUAUCAGGUCGUUGCAUUCGGUCGGUCGUGGCGGCGGCGUGAUAGGCACCCGAGGACGUGGAACAAGGCAGAGCUCUUUACCGCCGUCCAACUUUGCCCCCAGAGGCCAUGCUGCUCAGUCUCAGAAGCGGUCCCAUAGAGAUGCAGCUCUUGACGACAACGACUUCUACCGCACGGCUCGUGAAGGAAACGCUUCAAGGAAGGUAGAAGCUAUGAGAGGACAAAACAGACGAUCUUCUGUGCGAAGGCCUACGUCUUCUAUGUCCAGACCGAGAAGACCCGUGUCACAGGUUGACUAUAGUAGCAUGCUCAGUCAGCCACAGAGUUUCCUUGCUGCCGCUCGCAGUCUGGUUAGCGCUAGAACUACGCCGGCUGCCCCUACUCCUGCCUCCCAAACAUCUCGCGAUGCUGGCAGAUCUGAGGCCAGUCAAAAGCCUUCAGAGCCAAUGGACACCACAGAUAGGUCUACUAUUCAGGAGACGCAGCCGCAUUCAAAACCCCAACAGGCGGAACCUUCCAAGCCUCUUCCCCGUUCAGUAGUUCAGCUACCGGCAAUUCCCCCUCGGAGCACGGCUUUGCAGCAAGAGAGUGCAACCAAGACGGACGAGCCGCUUCCAGUCUUGCCAUCUCCAGCCGUACUCGAUACCGCCAGUCAGGAUCAAGGGUCUGCCUCUAUGAGCUUGGAGUCGACGGAGGAUGAAAAAUCUAAUUCUGGAAUGCCUGAAAGCCAAGCUGGAACACGAGAUCAAGUUACCACUGACCCCUCUACAGAGGCAGCCCCUGCACCGGAUGCUAUAGAUACCACUCCAAAGGUAGCAACUGAUGUCAAAGAAGCCAUCCUGCUUGACUUUAGCUCCACACCACCGGAGCAAAGCAUCCAUGGCCAAAGUCCUGCUACUACGGAGGUGCUAACUCCUUCUCUUGAAGACCUGAAAGGCCUUGACUUUAGACAGGAUCUUCACCCUAGGUUUCCUACUAGAAGAAAAGUUGACUUUGACAUGUCUUUGGACAAAAGGGAAACAUCCACCAAUGAGCGUGAUAUCAUGCCUACCAAACAACAUGACAAUUCCGAAGCCAGCGAGGAUCUGCAUCGGCAGAUUAAUAUGCUGUGCGAGCUUUUGCAGUCGACUUCUCUUUCGGGUGAGCACCGUGAAAGCCUGAAGCAAUGCAAGACAGCACUCGAAGGGAAGUUGCAAGGCGCUUAUGACUCCACAGAUAAAACAAUUCAAACACAAGAAGACCCUUUCCUUGGAAAGCCGGCUUUUGAAACUCUUGAAGCGGCAGCUGGGCCAGAUGAACAACCUCAAUCGACCAUCAGUGGUCUAGGUAUACAGAAUAUAUCCAUGGACAGCUCCACCCCAAAGAAAGCUGAGACGAUAAGCGAAUCAGACAAGCAAUCGACCCCCAGCAUCGGUGGACAGAUCAUGCCUACAUCAGUCGAGAAUGCCCGACUAGCGAUGGCAAGUCCAAGCCCGUCCACCCGACUCAACGUGACCGCGCCGCCAUUCGUCCCAAAGACACCCUACCGCGCCCAGUCGAAUAGUUUCUCAAGCGAGUCAAAUGCGACAUGCGUUCCCGAAACUCCUUGCCCGCACCGUCGUGUGAGUAUGCCAGAAGGACACAUAUUCGGGGAUCACCUACUGCCAGGUAGGCGUAGAGAGACCAUAUCCUCUAGAGCCGAGCCGCUUGCGGCGAAGCAGCCACUAGCCAAUGAAGUUCCUGAACUCCGUUUGAAGUUCUCGAUUCCACCGAAAGUCUCACACAAAUUGACUAUCAAGACACCUGUCAGGGAAGGAUUUGGCAAAGAGGAGACCCCCAGACCAACUGCGCCACGGCUUGCAUCAGGGAACAUUCCCAAGCCGGCCACCAGACCUUCACCUGCUCUGCAGCAGUCUGUCCACGCCCCGAAGGCCAGGCCCUCCCCCUCCGCCUUGGGCGGUCUUGAGAGCUCUAGAUAUGCGUCGCCAUCGAGCAACAAGCCUUUUCGAUAAUUCCAAUGAGACUUACUAAUCGGUGGAAAUCAGGUUGUUGUUGUUGCUGUGUGUUAUCUACAGUUUGAUCAUGUUGUACUUAGUACUAUUACUACUUAGGUAAUAACUAA